AUGGCGGACCACGGACCGCCACCAUUCCCAGAUGAUGUCCCUACCCACCCGUUGCUUGUUAUAGACUACGCCCGCAUCAGGGCUGGCGAUAGUGGCGAGAAGGAUAAUCUCUGGAAGGCUGCAACAGAGCUGGGAUUCUGGUACCUGAAGAACCACGGCGUCGAGCACGAGGUGAACGAAAUGUUCAAGCUCGGAAAAGCAUUCAUGGAGCUACCUCUGGACCAGAAGAUGCAAUACGAGGAAGGCGACGACGGCAUGCAGUUCGGAUACAAGGCGGCAGGUCUGCACACCGCUGACGAGCAGGGGACGCUCGAUGCGACGGAGUUCCUAGACGUGGCCAAAGACGACGCACUCGCAUUUCCCAAGGCGAUCCACCGCAGUUAUCCACCGCUUGUUGCAGACGCAUUCCCCACAACACUGACACCGUUUGUCAAGAGGUCCAUCGAGAUCAACGAGACACUGUUGCGUGUGCUCGGCAAGAAACUGGGAUUGGAGGACGGGGUCAUGGAGAGCAUGCAUAUCAAGGAGGAGAGAAGCGGAUGUGUUACCAGAGUGAUCAGGACACCGCCUCAACAGGGAGAGCCGCAAGUGCUCGAGGAGCAAGCACUUUUAGGAGCGCACACCGAUUUCGGGUCCUUGUCGUUCCUCCAUAACCGUCAAGGUGGUCUGCAGGUUCUGGCACCUGGUACAGAACGAUGGCUAUAUGUCAAGCCACUGCCUGACCAUGCGAUUUGCAAUGUCGGCGAUGCGCUGAAUAUCUUCAGCGGAGGGCUGAUCCGUUCCAACAUGCAUCGCGUCGUUGCGCCGCCAAAAGCUCAGGCAGCCUAUGAACGCUACUCCAUGGCGUUCUUCACGCGGCCGCACGACUCUGUUGUUCUUCGUCCGUUGACGAAGGAGAGUGUCGUUGUGGCGAACAAGGUGAAAGAAAACAGCAACUACGCAGAGGAAGAGCGGGGGACGGCAGGGGAAUGGCUUGUAAGGAGACUGAAGAACCUGAGGACAAAAAACUACCAUGGGGUGGAUAGCUACCGACAGCAUCUAGGCACCGAGGAUUAUGGACGGAUAACCGGCGUGGCAGUCGCGGCUGUGUGA